AUGAGAAGGCUUCCAAUCAUCCAGAGGCCAUCCUUUCUCCGCCUACGUGCAGUUCCACUUGUCCAUAGACCAAUUUUCCUUGUAGCAACCCGACAUCAAUCAUUCUCAGUAAUGAGCCAGAAGAAGCAUCAAGCAUCCCCAGACUCUAGUAGUCAACCAGACGGAAAUAAUGAACCGUUACCCCCGCUCUCACCAAAAGACUUUCGAACCUACAACCGAAUGGCGGAGCAAAUGGACCAAUUCCACAACCACUUCCGUCUAACCUGGAACCAACUCCAAGACGCCUGCACCAGCACAGGCAAAAAGCCCGGCGGGCUCUCCCCGCGCCAACUCAUCAUGGCCGGGCUCAGCUUCUGCUCGCAGCUCGACUUCCACCACUCCAUCGAAGAGCAGCACAUCUUCCCCGUGCUCGCGAAAAAGAUGCCCGAGUUCCGGCGCGAACUGGCGCUCCUCUCGCAGCACAGGCAGAUCCACAAGGGCCUGGAGAAGCUGGAGGCGUAUUUGACAAAGUGCCGGAGUGGCGAGGUCGACCUCCAGCGGGAGGAGAUAAAGCGGCUUAUGGAUGGAUUUGGGGAAGUGUUGUGGAAGCAUCUGGAUGAGGAGGUGAGGACGCUGGGGGCAGAAAAUAUGCGGAGGUAUUGGAGUUUACAGGAGAUGGCGCGGCUUCCUAUGUGA